AUGGUGCUGCAAAACAUGAAGGAACAACUUGCUUUGGCGGUUAGAAGUAUCCAAUGGAGCUAUGUUAUCUUCUGGUCUCAAUCUGUUAACCGACCAGGGGUGUUGAGUUGGGGGGAAGGGUAUUACAAUGGAGAUAUUAAGACAAGGAAAACAAGUCAAGGAGCGGAGCUUAGUUCCGACGAAAUCGGGUUACAGAGGAGUGAGCAAUUGAGAGAGCUGUUUAGGACUCUGAAACCUGUAGAAACAAGUCCUCAAACAAAAAGGCCUACUGCAGCACUUUCACCAGAAGAUCUCUCAGAUACUGAGUGGUAUUAUUUGGUUUGCAUGUCCUUCGUAUUCAACAUUGGCCAAGGGUUACCAGGAAGAGCUCUAGCAAAUGGCCAACCGAUUUGGCUGAUCAAUGCUUAUUCUACUGAUUGCAAAGUGUUUAGUCGCGCUCUUCUCGCAAAGAGUGCAUCCAUUCAGACAGUGGUGUGUUUUCCUUUUAUGAACGGGGUUAUUGAGCUAGGCACAACUGAUUUGGUAUUGGAAGAUCUCAGUCUCAUUCAGCAGAUCAAAACUUUUUUGUUGAAUAUUCAAAGUGUCGAUGAUCCUAUUAAUGUUCGAGCGACAUUGAAUUCGAGAAAUAACGAAGAUGUUGCUUGUAUGGCAGCAUUUGAUCAUAAUGACUAUAAUGUUGAAUUAAUUCCAGAAGUUGGAUAUGAAAUUAUCAAUAGAACAACCUCUCCUAGUGGUAGUUCAAAUGCAUUACAAACCAAUCAACUACGAGAUGAAACAUUCAUGGUCGAAAGCUGGGGCGUUAUGGAAGAUGAUUUGAGCAACUGUGUCCAUAACUCCAUGAAUUCAAGUGACUGCAUAUCACAAACUAUUGCUUCUGCUCCUAAGGGUAGAGGAGAAGAUUGCAACAACAAUGACCAAAAAAUGACCUUAGUGGAUCCUCUAAGUGAGGAUUGGCACUAUCAGAGAAUUCUUGCAGCUCUUUCGAAAAGCAAUGACCAUUUAACAAUGGGGAUGCAUUUUCAAAACUUUCAUCAGGAAUCAAGCUUUUGUGUUUGGAACAAAGGAGGGCCAUUGGAUUGCCAUAGGCCAAGACAAGGAACGUCGCAAAAGUUAUUGAAGAAGAUCUUGUUUGAAGUUCCACGGAUGCACAUGGAGGGUUUGGUUGAAUCUCAAGAAGAGAAUGAUUAUAGAGAGGGAACAAGACUUGAGACUGAAGAAGGUAUGAACCACGUUUUGUCAGAAAGAAGGAGAAGAGCAAAACUAAACGAAAGGUUUUUAACCCUUAGAUCAAUGGUCCCUUCAAAUAGUAAGGAUGACAAAGUUUCUAUACUAGACGAUGCAAUUGAAUACCUUAGAAAGCUUGAGAAAAGGAUAAAAGAAAUGCAAGGCCAAAGAGAUCCAUCAGAUAUAGAGUCUAGAAAUAAGAGAACACAUCAUGAUAUGAUGGAGAGGACUUCUGAUCAUUAUUAUAACAACAAAACAAACAACGGCAAGAAACCAAUGGUGAAAAAGAGGAAAAUAUGCGACAUAGACGAGACGAGGAGAGUGAUUUAUUCAGAUGGUUUGAAAGGAAGUUCUACUAGUGAUCUUAGUGUCAAAAUGAGUGACAAUGGAGUUGUGAUUGAAAUGAAGUGCCCUUGUAGAUCAGGAAGGAUAUUGGAAAUUAUGGAAGCAGUUAACAAUCUCAACAUAGAUUUUAAUUCAGUUCAAUCAACAGAAGCUGAUGGGAGUCUUCAUCUAAUCAUAAAAUCUAAGUUUACAGGAUCAACUAAUGCAACAGCAAAAAGGAUCAAACAAGCCCUCCAAAAAGUGGUGGCUUCAAAGUUUUGA